UUGAAAAUGUGAUUGUGUUCUUCACAAAACCUAAAAUCAGUCUACUCUGUCUUCUUUGUUUUCCUAACAUUCUCCUGAAAUCAGUCAAUCUGAAUAACAUUCUUUACUUCGCCUUGAUUUGGGAACGGCAAUGGCGGCCAUGGAACUUGCAGAAUCAUCAAAAGUGAGGGUCAUAGUGAGAGUGCGUCCCUUUCUUCCUCACGAGGGCCCCCAACAAACCCCUUGUGUUUCUGUUCUCCUCGACCAAGACUGCGACUCUGCUCAAGAUGUUACUGUUUAUCUCAAAGAUAAAGAAACAAGCCGGAAGGAGUGCUACAGAUUGGACUCGUUUUUUGGCGAAGAGGACAACAAUGUCAGUCAGAUCUUUCACACAGAAGUGAGCCCUUUGAUUGAGGGAAUAUUUCAGGGCUGCAAUGCAACUGUAUUCGCUUAUGGAGCUACUGGUAGUGGAAAGACCUACACCAUGCAGGGGUCAGAUGAGCAACCGGGCCUAAUGCCACUGGCUAUGUCAACGAUCUUGUCAUUGUGCCAGAAAACUGGAAGUAAAGCAGAGAUUUCAUACUAUGAGGUCUAUUUAGAUAGGUGUUAUGACCUCUUAGAACUUAAAGCAAAGGAAAUUGCUGUGUGGGAUGACAAAAAUGGACAAAUUCAUCUCAGUGGACUGUCUCGGGUUUCCAUUAACUCCAUGCCAGAAUUUCGUGACGCAUUCUCUUGCGGAGUUCAGCGCCGGAAAGUAGCUCACACAGCAUUAAAUGAUGUCUCUAGUAGGAGUCAUGGUGUGCUUGUGAUCUCAGUCUCUUCUCCUUCUGUGAGUGGCUCUCGAGAUGUUCUUACAGGAAAGCUGAACCUUAUAGAUUUAGCAGGAAAUGAAGACAACAGGAGAACUUGCAACGAAGGGAUUCGCCUCCAAGAGAGUGCCAAGAUUAACCAGUCUUUAUUUGCAUUGUCAAAUGUGAUUUUUGCACUGAACAACAACAAAACCAGGGUGCCUUACCGUGAUAGCAAACUUACUCGAAUAUUGCAGGAUUCUCUUGGAGGAAAGAGUCGAGCCUUAAUGGUGGCUUGCUUGAAUCCAGGUGAGUACCAGCAAUCUGUUCAUACUGUGAGCUUGGCUGCUCGGUCACGAAAUAUUUCCAACAUUGUUCCUUCAAUUAAGCAAGAGACUCCAAAUGUUAAGGUCAACAUGGAAGAGAAAUUGCGUGCUUGGCUUGAAUCAAAAGGGAAGACAAAGAGUGCUAAAAAUUCAGCUUCUGUUAAGAAACCUAGUUUCUGUAAUAGCUCUAUGAAGGCCAAAGUUGCCACCAAACGUGGUGCCUGUAAUGAAAAAGAAAGGAAUGCCGCUGUGCCUUUUGCUAACCUGUUUGAUGAAGAUCUACAGGAAUAUUGGUCGAAAACUUUGAAAGAAGAAAGUUUGAAAGAUGACUUAAUUCUCAUUCCGGGAGAUGAUAAAGAAGAGACUAAAGAAGAAGCUCAUGGGAUUGUCAGGGAAUCAAGUAAUACACCAGGUGAGCCAUUAAAUCAGGAGAAGAGCCCUGUCACGGUAGUUGCACCUUCCCCUAUAAGUGAGAAGAAAAACACAUUUAGGAGCCCUUUAAGAAAAGUUCUUUCUCCCAUCAACACCAAUAUAAAUCAAAACCUUGCCCAGGAAUUCUCAUUCACAGAAAAACCAUGUGACCCUUUUGAGCCAAGUACUCCAAAAACACCUUCAAUUUUCACCUGUAGAAAUAUCAGAUCACAAAAGAUCGCAACCCCACUUGAUAAGCUGAAUUCUCGAGGUUCUAAUCUAAAGGACUUCUUGGCUCAAGAGUAUGUCCAUUUCUUGAAUACAGCCAGCAGGGAGGAGUUGCUGGAGUUAAAGGGGAUUGGGGCAAAAAUUGCAGAGUACAUAUUAGAGCUGAGAGAGACAAGUCCAGUAAAAUCGCUUAACGAUUUGGAGAAGAUAGGCAUGUCAUCUAAGCAGGUACGUAACUUGUUCAGGAGAGCUACAAGAGGGAUAUUUGAGACAAAGAAUGACAACAACUACUAGUUGUUUAUUCUGUAAACUGGCUAUGCUCUAUUAUUGGUCUAUAGUUGUACUAACAACUAAUAGUGAAAUAUCAUUUGUUUAAUAUUGUAACUCGUGAAUUGAUCAUCCUUAUCCGAUCAGAUGAUUAUUCUUGAUGCUUUUCUUUCACUACUGUUAUGACUCAUCCAAAUUAUAUUUAUCUGUAAUUAUUUGUAAUUCUUGGUGUGAAGACUCUCAUUGCCAUAGUAACACCCUUGUAGUGAAAUUUGUUCUCCUUCGACUAAAACAUCCACUUUUUUAUAUUUUUUAUAAAUAUAAUCUCAAAUUUU